GAUCAAUAUUCAUCUGAAAUCAAGUGCAAUGAACUCCUUUGUGGUCAUUUCCAUCGUAGCCCUUGCGGCUUUUGCCAACGCUGGUGUCCUAGUUGGACCGUCAGCUAAGAUCAUUCAAGGACCCAGCAGUAGGACUACCUUGGUAGGACCCGAAGGAAGUGUUAUCUCAGCGGUCGCCCCUGGAGGUCAAAUCAUCCACGAAGAGACCCCCGGAGUGGUUGCUGAAGUUGCCCCAGUUGUGUCUUACGCAGCUCCAAUUGUUGCUAGACCCGCCCCAGUUAUAACUUAUGCAGCCCCAGUUGUCGCACCAGUAGCUCCAGUUGUAGCCAAAGCUUCCACCGUCGUUGCCCACUCAUCAGCUUACGAAAGUGACAGUGUGGUUGUAGCUGGACCUUCAGGAUCUAUUGUAAUUGGCAAAUCAGCACAUGUUGCUCCAGUUGUUGCUCAUUCAGCGCCAGUUGUUGCUCACGCUGCUCCAGUUUUGACCUAUUCAGUACCAAUCCUAUCUCAUGAAAUCGAUAACAAUGGCCACGAGGGUCAAUAUGUUCACGACCACAGUGAAACUUUGUACGACGACGGAUCUUACAAACCCCACCAUUAGAGCUGGACCAAAGGACUGCAGUAAACCUAGAUUUGAAUGUUAAACAUGUGUCAUAACCGCAUAAUUUAGUGCUAUGUUCCAAUGUAUAUAUAUUUCUGCUAGUACCAAUGGUACUUCAACAUUAAAUUAUUUGACUUCCGA